GUUCUUUCAAAUAUGGUGAUUUUGUUCAAUAUUUUUUUCAAAAUUCUUUAGAAUAUGGCCAAAUACAAUUAUUUGUAAUUAAGAAUAACUUAAUGAAAGUUCAAAUUCAAAAAAUAAUUCCUUAUAAUAAAAUUCCACCAAGCUUAUAUUCAGAAGAACGUACUUUACAAGCUCAACAUGAGUGGAUUUUGGUAGAAGAACUAAGUCUUCAUAUUAUAGAACCAUUAUCCUUAGUUCAAAAGAUUACAGUUUGGCUUAAAGAUCAGCAAUAUCCUCCAUUUUUUGAUUUAUUUAUUAAUGAAAUUUUAUAUAGCUUUAAUGGACAAUAG